GAGCACUCAUUGUUCAGAGUUUAAUUGAACAGUUGCACAUUCUUCUCAGGCAAUGAACACAAUGUGAGCAGAAUUGACAUUGUGAUCCUGCUGAGAAUCGGAGCCUUAAAAGCGCCAAAAGCGCUUUCUGGAGAACCGUUCUAUACACCUUCCACGAUUUGUAGCCGGCUACAGAAAAAUUCGAAAUGGCGACACUAGCCGUCCGCGUUGUCGAGCAAAUUGCCUCGAUUCACCAAUCGAUCUUCCGAGCCUACGAGGAGAAUGUAUCCUCUUACCCAAUUGUUUCCGUUGAGCUUGUUGCGCAGCCGGAACCAGACCAUCAAGUUGAGCACGUGGCGAAUCCUCCGUUCGUAGUCUUCAAACCAACUUGGGAUUACGACGGCGAGCCUGUGGCGGGCAAGCACGCAUGUCAGGCUGACGUGCCAGAGUCUGUGAAGUCCGGGCUGAUAGUUUGGAACGAGUGCGAUUUUGCGGUCCAGACCUUCUUGCCUUCGCUUCGAAAGCAACUCUCCUCAAGUCUCCCGGGGACGCGCGUGCAAUGGUUCCAUGCAGUAAUCGCUCCCGUCUUCGUGUUCCGCCAAGCUGAUGCUGGCGCUGACGUCCCAGAUCCCGCACACUCGGCGUUCCAUAUCACGCUGCCUGGAAACGGUGGGGAAUAUAUCGUAGAUUUCACCAUUGGGCAGUAUGGAUAUGGAAUGGAACGAUGGUUCCUGUCGUUUGAGGAAUAUAAAGCCAUGAUAAGGGACAGGUUAUGGUAUAUAUGUGACGAUGAGGGUCGAGGGGAGAGUCUUCAAGGUGCUUUCGACGACAAGCACCUCAGUGUGCAAAGAAUUAUACGUGAGUUGUGUGAUGAGUUUGACUGGGACACUCUCAAACAGAUGGCUGAGAGUGAUCGUAUAGCCCUCAUCAAUGAAAUGACAUCUCGAGCACUAUGUGAGGAGCACUGCCCAAUGGAGCAUGCUUACGCAUAAGCAUUUGGACCCGUGUGGGCUCUUGCUGACGAUUGUAGGUACAAAGAAAUCAAAAACUUGGUCAGCUAAUUAGGGCUGUGACUUGGCCUCUGGGA